GCCAGUUGCCUUCUGACCGCUUCCCGUCAUUUUCAACGCCCAGAACCCACUUUGCAAGGAACCUUCAUAACCCAAGUUUACGUAUUUCAUCAUGGGAGGGGUCUUGACGUGCUUUGCAACGGAAGCUGCUUGCUGUUUUGGUAAAGCUGCCUGCAACUGCUUUUGCAAAUUAUGUGGGACGAGGAGCUCCACAGCGACAAGAGUCGGAUAUGCGUUCAUGUUUGUAUUGACUGCUGUUCUGUCGUGGAUCAUGCAAUCAGAUUGGGCGUCACGCAAACUUAAAAGCAUAUCCCAUGGAUACUUGGAGCUGAAAUGCCCACAGGGAGAUUGUUAUGGGUAUCUGGCUGUGAUUCGAAUAUGUUUUGCCACGACGCUCUUUCACGCGAUUAUGUCUGCUAUUAUGUAUAACGUUAAAAGCAGCCGCGAUUUUCGCUCGUCCAUACAGAAUGGCUACUGGGCGUGGAAGCUACUAGCCUGGGCUGGUCUCGUCAUUCUCAAUUUCUUCAUACCGAACGAGUUUUUCAUGUUUGUCGGAAAAUACCUCGACACGCCAGGAGCUUUCGUGUUUAUCCUCAUACAAAUAGUCCUAUUGAUAGAUUUUGCGUACACAUUCAGUGAAACUUUACUGGAAAAAUGGGAGGAGAAGCAGGACAAAAGGUGGCUUGGCUUACUGCUCGCCAUCACAUUUGGCGCUUUUCUCUGCUCGAUUGCCUUGACUGGUGUCAUGUACGCGUGGUUCGGUAGCAGCGCCUGCAAGCUCAACCAGUUUUUCAUCAGCUUCAAUCUUAUUCUCUGCCUGAUUGUCACCGCCCUGUCUGUUGCCCCACCUGUCCAAGAGGCGAACCCGAAGAGCGGGCUGGCGCAAGCAGCAAUGGUUACUGUGUACGCCACGUAUCUAGUUGCUAGCGCCAUUGUCUCUGAGCCUAACGACAAUGGGGAGAACGUCUGCAACCCGACAAAUAAGAGCGGCAAAACCGAGACGACAACACUUGUACUGGGAUCCCUCUUCACCUUCCUGGCCCUAGCAUACAGUACCACACGUGCGGCAACAAAAGGUGAUGUGCUGACCACAAAUGGGGACGAUGAGGCUAGCCUCCCUUUGAUCAGCGAGCAGCCUUCUGGGAGGUCAUCUCAUUUGCGAUCAGCAGUGGAGAGUGGCGCGCUCCCAUCCCGCGCGUUGCAUGACGAUGACGACGGAGAUGAUAGCGCAUUUGGGGUUCCAGAUGACGAUGAGAAAGACGGAGUUCAAUACAACUACUCCUUUUUCCAUAUCAUCUUUUUAUUGGCGUCAAUGUACCUGGCGAUGCUGCUUACUGGGUGGGAUAUGGUUGACAAGACUGAUGGCGUUGCGGUCGUUGGUAAGAGUAUGGGUGCGGCGUGGGUCAAGGUCGUGUCAAGUUGGCUCGUCUUGCUACUUUAUGUGUGGACGCUGGUUGCGCCUGUGUGGCUUCCUGACCGCUUUGACCAAUAUGGGCUUUAAUCCGUAACGUCGUUGUUUAGUAAUUCAAGCCGCGACCAUCCUUUUCAGCGUACAUAAUUUUUUUUGCGUUUGUUUUUUGGUACCUCUAUCACAUUCAAUAAACUGUGGCCCAGAACCUUCAAAUCUGGCUUAUUCAGCAGGUCCA